AUGAUUGAUAUGCAGUCGCCGGAUGAGUCUGCAGGAAAACCGAAAUUGCGCGCGGCAUGCGAUUCUUGUCGCCAAUCCAAAGUGCGCUGCUCGGGGGGUCGUGUAUGUGUGCGCUGCGAGAAGCAUGAAUUCAAGUGCGUCUACAGCAUUGCCAGCCGCGCCGGCAAGCCCAAGGGAAGUAAGAACAAGGCGACCUUGAAGAAGCUCGAGAAUAUUCAAGCAGUUAAGAGAAACACCUCUCCAAGGACUAAGAUGUCGACAUGGACUACCCCCCCAAAAGUUCCAUCUGAUCCAAAUUAUCUGUGCCUGCGGGACCGAAGGAAGGGCCUUUCUACUACACGCUUUGAUAUGGGAUGGCCUUCUCAGGGCCAGCCGUCAGAUCAACCCCACGAGCCAUUCCGCAAAUACAGCUUGCCAGGCAGAGAAAUUGUAUGCCCGUCACCAAUCUCUCCAGCGUUCAGGUCGUAUACAUGGGGUGGCCCGCUGUCAAUUGACCUCGACAGCUAUGGCUCAGUCGACACUCCGUAUUUACUAUCCCCGGCGAACUCUCAAUAUAUUCACUCGCCGGUGGGAGAAUCAGCCAAUCUACUGAAUAUUCCUCCUGAGCCGCCGACACCAGUCGACAUUUGCUGCUGCAUACAACGACAAGCCAUGAGCCAGAGCCAGCUGUACCAUCUCGGCCCAGACUCUUCAAGGUGGUUGUUCGACCCAACGAUAGAAGCUGUCUACUCGUCGCUGUCAUCAUGUCAGAUGAUUUUCAAUUGCGCAGUGUGCUCCAAGGACACAAAUAGAUUGACCGCCGCUGUCGGUUUGCUCGACCGUCUAUUUUCUGUGUUCGCACAAAUUGUGUUCCAAACCCUGCCUCACAACUUACCAGACACAGGCGCCUGGUGCGACCCGUAUAGUAUCCCACAAGAGUACACCCAAGAGUUCGCACCAGCAGCUCGCAAAUCUCUUGUUGAGCGAACGCUCAAAAGGGCGCAUAAAACACUCGACCUUCUUAGACGUCAUCUUGAUUCCGGCUUUGAUAUGCGUACUGCCGAUUUCGCAUUCUGCUCAACUUUCGACGUCACGGACAAGCCAUACACAAACCAGGUAUUUGGAGACAAUAGAACCCACUUCGCCCAGCCCGGAAAUCAGCUGCCUACUCCGCCUUUACUGGCUACUCCUCUGUUCGACAAAGGUAAGCUCAGCAACGGAUUUAACUCGGGGGAUAUCGGGUUUCUACGGCAAGCCAUAUCUCACUACGAGUCGAUACUCGAUAACAUACGGGCCUCGCCGUCGUACAAUGCUACAAACGGGCCGUCUUCAUCGAGCCAGUCGACAUUCGGAUUCUUUCCUCCUUGGUUUCCUAAUGUUCCUGGUGCAUCCGACCCCCAGCAACUCCAAUACCAGGCAUCACCCGCACAGCCAUUCCAAAAUACUCGGGAACCUAGUUCAUAUGGAAGGAUUGGAGUUUCUUAA